UCUGCACCCGCAGCCUCUGUAGCUAUGGAAACUCGUCGAUGGCAACAUCCACCAGUCUGCUCUGCCCCCAUCCUCUCAGAGGUGCUGAGUGUGUGCAUCUGUAACCCAUACAUGAGACGCUGCAAGAUGGCGAUUGCGCUGCUCGUAGCUUGUUUUGUUCUCUACACCUGCCUAGGCCAUAUUCCAUCAUCACUCGGGGUAAUCCUUCGAACCACGGACAAGAUUGUGUGGGCAAAUGAGUUUGAGCUACAUUGUUUCCUUCACAGCCAUCGAACUGACCUGUUUAAUAGAGUCCAUCUCAACAAACAACCCGAGGAUUGAAUGGAAAAAGAUUAAAAAUGGUGUCCCCAGUUAUGUGUACUUUCAAAACAAGAUAGCAGGGGACUUGGAGCACAGAGCACAGCUCCGAGAGCCAGCCAACAUUCUGAUCUUCAACACCACUCGGUCAGACACUGCAGAGUACCGCUGCGAGGUGGCCGCCAUUGAUGAUCAAAGGGACUUUGAUGAGAUACUUAUUAGUCUUGCAGUAAGAGUGAAACCCGUUGUACCACGGUGCAGUGUGCCAGAGGCGGUCACAGUGGGAACAUCAACCGAGCUGAGAUGUCUGGAGAAUGAGGGAUUUCCUGCUCCUCAGUACCGCUGGUUCCACAAUGACGAAGAGCUUCCUCAGGACCCCAAAACCAACCUGAAGUUUGUCAACUCUUCCUACAGCAUCAACCCUGACACUGGAGGUCUGAAAUUUCGAAGGGUGAGGAAGGAGGACGCAGGGGAGUACUACUGCCAGGCAAAAAAUGAUGCGGGAUAUGCACAGUGUUCCCCACAAAUGAUGGAAAUCUAUGAUGUUGACAUCCUCGGGAUUUUCCUCAAGGCCUUUGGUGCACUGAUCGUAUUUGCCUGUUUGGUUGCUGCCAUUUGUCAUUCUUUCAGACGUGGGUGCUUCCACAAAAAAGGUCACAAUGAAAAUAACUACAAUUGGCCAGCACAGAGCAGUGGUGUCGACUAUGGCGAUGCAGACGAGGGCCACUUUCGCCACAAGUCCUCAUUCAUCAUUUGACAGCUGAGACAACAGAAAAGGUGAAACCAAGACAAAAACAAAAAGGUUAACUUGCAACAAUAAUGCUUCAGAUGGUGACAUUUGGGGUGUAAUAUAGCACAUCAUUCUCUGAUGCACAUCAAAAUCCAGUCAACCAACUUGCCAAAGUAAUUUUAAUAUCAUUUUGUGGCACUGUUUAGUCUUUUUAUAAUGUAACAGCAUUUUUAUUCUCUACUGUUAAUUUUGAUUUGAAACAUUGGUUUUUAACACCUUGUUUUUUUACUCAUUUUCCAACAUAUUUUUGUUAUAAAAUAAAAGCAUCAAAUGUCAAAGCUGUGACAUUUCUGAUAAAUAAAUAUAAAUGAUGACAUAUUUGGCCCCAGUGUCAUUGUAAAAAAUGCUGGAAGCUACAUUGCUUCACUUUUGAACAAAUCUUUUUUUAUAAUGCUGAAACUUUUUACUGAGCACAAUGAAAUUAUUUUUCAAAACUUCUUUACAUUGUUCUUGUUUGUAAGACAAAGAUGUUCUUUGUUUCACAUGGAGAAGAGCUGAAACUUGCUUUUGUACAGACCACAGUUGUACAGGCAUUACAGUAAAUAGCAGAUGAUAAAACACUGAGGCGCUCAGAUUCACAAGGCACAGCACAGUCAUCAGCCUUUAUUAGAUGAUAGCAGUUAUAUUCAUAUACAGAUUAAUGCCUGAGUUUGAAAACCAUAUAUUCCACUAUGCUAUAAAAUCAGUAUGUACUAUAAAGGUGGCAAAGUUGAAUUUUUAGAGUGCUGUUUCUGUGUAUAAGUGACCUUCUGUGCUUUACUAAUUUUGUUGUCAUUUUUGGACACGUCCAGUUUUAAUGUACAUACAGGAAAUGCAUAAAGGUUUUGAUCUUUUAAUUUUCAUACAUUGUACUCCAUACUUUAUUAUAAGUACGACAAUAAAACUGUUUUUUGGAAAUUACAGUAUUUACAGUUCAGUGUAUACAGUACUGUAUCUGCAGUGUUGAGCCUGUCAGUGUUAAGAGUAUAGAACUGUCAUUUCAAACGUUAGCGUCAAUUAUUUGUGUAAGAACUCAGGAACUGUUGUUAAAUGUCUACUGUUCAACUGCGUUUAAUGCUAGGCUAUA